AUGCCGCUGGUGGUGCUGUGCGGCGCGCGGGGCAGCGGCAAGAGCCGGCGGGCGGCGGAGCUGCGCGCGGCGCUGGACGGGCCCGAGCACGCGGCGCACGUGGUGGCCGAGGCGGAGGGCGGGCGGGCGGCGCUGCUGGCCGAGGUGUCGCGGCGGCUCGGCCGGCGGGACGUGCUCAUCGUGGACGCGGGCAACGAGCUGCGCAGCGUGCGCUACGAGCUGUACUGCGCGGCGCGGCAGGCGGGCACGGCGCGCUGCGUGCUGCACUGCGCCGGCGGCGGCGGGCACGGCGAGCCGCCCUUCGAGGCCCCCGACCCCAGCAACCGCUGGGACCGGCCGCUCUUCACGGUGGGCGCGGAGGAGGCGCUGCCGCUGGGCGCCAUCCGCGCGGCGCUGUGGGAGAGCCGCCCGCCGCCGCCGCACCGCGCCACGCGCUCCCAGCCGCUCCAGUCGGCCUCCUUCCUGCACCGCCUCGACUGCGCCACGCAGGACGUGGUGGCCGCCGUGCUGGCCGCGCAGCGCGCGGGCGCCCAGCCCGGCCAGCUCGUCCGCGUGCCCGGCGCCGCCGAGGCGCUGCGGCUGAGCCGCCCGCUGGGCAUGGCCGAGCUGAGCCGCCUGCGGAGGCAGUUCAUCAGCUACGCCAAGACGCAGCCCUGCGACGAGAACCUGCCCCAGCUGGCCAGCAUGUUCCUGCAGUACCUGAGCCGCAGCAUCCAGUGAGGCCCCGGGGCCAACGAGGUUGCGCCCCGGCCGCUGCUCUCUAGGGAGCUCGUGUCCUGCCCGUCCUGUGUGCGAUUUGGUGGGAAGAUGGGUCUCGUGUUCCUGCAGCAGCUGAGCAGGCUGUGCUGGGAAGAGGAGGAGCAGGGCUGGCACCCCCGCCACACAACCGUUCUCAUCUGCUGGCAAGGAGAGCUCCUCAAGCAAUGGAGGCUCCUCUACCGCUUCCCGUGGAGACCCAAAUCCGAGCAUGUGAAACUGAAAGCCCAAAGGUGGUGGCGGGGCCAUUGACUUGUGUCGGGACUCAGAGGAUUGGUUUCUGAAGGCUAUUUCCAAAUAUGUCAGGCUGCAGAAGAGACUUCUGUUCCAGGACUGGAGUAGGUGGCGUUUUUAGGAUGCAACUGUUUGAAUAAAUCCUGCCGAAUCCAAGAGAUAGAUUUGCAAAUGCUGCAUAACAGAAAGAUGCUGGCUUAGCGAGUUCAAACUUCUGUUAUUAUUAAACCUGAAACAGCGUGCCUUAAAUGGAGUGUGAAAUCUUAAUUUAUGUGCAGGGCUGUUUUAUGGACAAAACUUACUAUGGCUUUUUUCUGCAAGAUCAUUAUUAAAUAUGCUUAAAUACAUUAAUUGUUUAAGAAUGAUCGCUCUCAAUGCAGAUGACCUGAAAUGCUGUUGUCUUCUCUGGAUCUGAUGUUGAAUCUCUCCCAUGAGUCUUUACCAGCUGUGACUGAAUAGCUUUCACCUGGCCUUACUUUCAACUUAUUUCAGUCUUUGCCACAUGAGGCAUAUUGCUGAAAUUUAGUUCUCUGCUUUUAUUUAUCAACGGAUGAUUCUCCUGCCUUUUUUUUAGUGGAUUUGGUUUAAACCGUGCAGGUACCGUUACCUAAGAGGAGAUGGUGAAGGGAACAGGAAGGGUCAUCUAAGUGAGGUACUUGGCAUUGGCUGUUUAUAUUUUAUAUCAGCUGCUAAAUGAGCCUUUCUGUUGUGGUACUAAGAGAAGACUACAGAAAUAAUGUAUAUAAUCUUGUUUCCUAGUCAGGGUAAAGAGAAUAAAGUGGAGAAAAUGCAUUCAGUAUCUGUAGAACUUCUGUGAGUUCUCACUGGUUCAGAUUAUAUUGCAAGUUGCAAACACCUUUUAAAUUUUACGUUGGGAAUUUUUCUUGGCCUGAACGAAGAAAGCGUGUUUCUGUACCAGUUAGAGGUGGUUGAACUCUUCUGACAUACAACAGUGAUUCUUGAUAAUAGGAGCAGCACAUAUUUUCCAGGCUUAAAUCCGCAACUCCUGGAGAAAGGAGCAAAAUGUUGUCAUUUUGUAAAAGAGGAUGUUGAUGUAUUGGCUAUGUAGAAAUGGUAGACUUCUGUUUGAACUACUCUAAAUGUUACUUCCUUCCUUUCCACCCUUUUCUUGCUCUGAGGACCUUAAAUGGAUGCUGCUGAAAAGAGAUUUCACUUCAAACUGAUUUGCAGCUAAAUAAGAACUUGCCCUUUGGUUCUGCUGGUAACAAAUGUAUUUGUCACCAUGUGCAAAGCUGUUUAAAUUCUGUGGGUGACAGCUCUUGAAAGCCUUACCUUAUUCUUAACCCCUAAAAAGAAUAAUGUUCAGAGCUUACAAUAGCAAAAAGCUUAACUUGGCUUUGCCUUGUGUUCCUGAAAAUUAGUGUCCACAUGCCACAUUCUCUGCAUAUCUUCCUGUGUUCCUUCUUCCACCUAUC